AGCCUCUUUGUAUUCGAUGGAUGCCACAUGAACGCACCUUUGGCGAUGCGUGUUCGAGCGGUUUGACUAUGACACUCCGUUUGCUGCACCACCUAUGAACGAAACCUCUCGGACCCGAUGCUAAAUUGGAGUUUAUCAUGCACCAGCGUGACCACUGACCAGCAAGGCAGCCAACUAUCAGUAUACGGCCAGAGGCCCUCCCGUGAAGAUCGUAUAACUCGUGUGCUAAGUCAUUACCCAUUGAGAGAUUUUACAGAUUUUACGAUGCAAAAAUGGCUUGGCUGCGGGAAAACGUCUUAUUGACUUGGGUUCCAUACGUCUGGCCCUACUUGAUGGUAACAGUCAUCCUGGGGUUGGUCGUUACCUGGUUCACCAAGAGAAUGCAAAAGGUGGCAAUGAUAGAGAAGAUCCCUGGUCCCGAUGCCCUGCCAAUCAUCGGAAAUGCUCUGGAAGUUAACGUCGAGCCUCGAGAGUUUUUCCAAAGUGCCAGGGGCAGCGCUUACAUAUGGAGUCAUCAAACUAACCUUGCAAAGUUUUGGAUAGGACCCUUUCCUAUGGUUGUUUUGUACAAGUGUUCAGCCGCAGAGGUGAUUCUGAGCAGCCAAAAACACCUGGACAAGAGUCGAGAUUACAACUUCCUGCACCCCUGGCUGGGAACGGGACUCCUUACUUCUACAGGUCAAAAAUGGCAUUCCAGGCGAAAGCUCCUAACACCAGCCUUCCACUUCAAAAUCCUGGAAGACUUCGUCGAGGUAUUUAACAAUCAGAGUGACGUCAUGAUCAAGAAGUUGGAAAAGAAAGCCGAUGGGAAACCUUUCGAUAUUUUCCCCUUCAUUACUCUCUGCACUUUGGAUAUUAUAUGUGAGACCGCAAUGGGCCGAUGCAUCAAUGCUCAAGGGAACAGCGAGUCUGAAUACGUGAGAGCUGUCUACAGAAUAGGCGCAUUAAUCCAGCAGCGUCAAGCGCGUCCCUGGUUGCAGCCAGACAUCCUCUACAAGCUUUCGGGAUACGCCAAGGAGUUCAACUCUUGCUUGAAGGUCCUUCACGACUUGUCCUACAGCUGCAUCAAGGAAAGAGGCGACGCUUAUCGCGAAAGGAAGAACAAAUCCGAGGAGGAGGAAAAGAGAGAAGAUGACGCUUUACUAGGCAAGAAACAACGCCUGGCCUUCCUGGACCUGCUUCUGGAAGCCUCCGAGAAAGACCCAACAAUCACCGACGAGGACAUCCGGGAGGAGGUGGACACUUUCAUGUUCGAGGGACACGACACGACUGCCGCAGCCAUCAACUGGUCGUUGUACCUCCUCGGGUGUCAUCCGGACAUCCAGGCUCGAGUAUACGAGGAAAUUGACUCCAUCUUCGGAGGAGACGACCGCCCCAUCACCAUGAAUGACCUCCGCGACCUGAAGUACACAGAAAAUUGCAUCAAGGAAGCUCUGAGGAUCUUCCCUUCCGUCCCCUUUAUUGGGAGGGAACUCAGGGAGGAGGCUGUCAUUGACAACUACCGUAUCCCCGUUGGAACCACGAUUCUGAUUAUCACCUUCAGGCUCCACCGUGACCCUGAACAAUUUCCGAACCCCGAGGUCUUCGACCCCGACCGCUUCCUGCCGGAAAACUGCCUCAACAGACAUCCUUACGCCUACGUUCCCUUCAGCGCCGGACCGAGAAACUGUAUUGGUCAAAAAUUUGCUUUGAUGGAGGAAAAGAUUGUCCUGACCACCAUCCUGAGGAAGUUCCGGGUUGAGAGCUGUACUCGGAGGGAGGACCUCAAACUCCUAGGAGAACUUAUCCUACGACCUGAAGAUGGAAACACAAUGAAACUGUUCCCAAGAAAAAUCUAAAUUAAAUGGAAAGGAAA